GGAGAAAUAACCAAUACUCUGGUUAAAUUUUCAGCUCCUGUACGACACAGCAGCAGCCAUGGGAAAAGAAUGUUUAUUAUCAAGGCCACAAGAUUUUAUGAUACUCGAUUUCUGAACUUGUUGCGAUUCUACAUAUUUCUGACAGGAAUACCAGCAGCACUAUUUAUAACAUAUGUCAACAUCUUCAUUGGUGAAGCUGAACUUGCAGAGAUUCCCGAAGGUUAUGUUCCAGAGUACUGGGAAUACUACAAACACCCUAUAAGUCGCUGGAUAGCUCGUUACCUCCUUGACCCCCCUGAAAAGAACUAUGAAAAGGAGAUGGCUUUGCUUCAUAUUGAAGCAAAGAAAGUUCAACUGAGGUUGAUGGAAUCGGAGGCACGCAGACUGAUGAGACAGAGGGGUGAUGGACCUUGGUAUCAUUAUGAAACACCUGAUAAAAAUCUUGUUGACAAUUCUAUGAAAUCCACACCUGACAAUUAAACAGUUUUAAGACUGUAUGCAUGCUCUUAAAUGCAUACCAACAAAUUGUGGCUGAGCUAUGUAAUAUACACCCUGCUGUUAAUUGACAGAAAUCAA